AUGACAUCUCAGGUUUCAAGACUAGACAGACAAGUUAUACUUCUGGAAACAGGUUCUACUCAAGUAGUACGGAGCAUGGCGGCCGAUCAGCUAGGUGACCUGGCAAAACAACAUCCGGAAGAUAUCCUACUACUUCUAUCAAGAGUGUAUCCAUAUUUAUUGUCAAAAAAAUGGGAAACUAGAGUCACCGCAGCAAGAGCAGUAGGUGGUAUAGUCGCAAAUGCAGAAAUUUGGAACCCAAACAAAGAUGAUGAGGACAACAACACCAUAGAUAUCAAUGUCAAAAAUGAAACAGAUAUUAUACAAACUGAUGAAUUUCAAGAAAAUGCAAAAAUUAAAAUAGAAAAAGAUAUGCAAUUGAAAUUAGAAGAAAUUGACGAAGAUGAACUAUUAGAUGGCGAUAAACCUUACUACUCGCUAUCAAAUUGGAACUUAUACGAAUUAUUCAAAACUGGUAAAACUUUAUUAGCAUCAAGUAUUAAUGAUUUUAAUGAUAAUAACGACAUAAAUGCAUCUAGAAAAAAAUUAAUAAAAACUGAUCAAAAUAAUAAUAGUAACGAUGAUGACGAUAGUAAUAGACAAAACAGCAAUAAUAAUCCAAACAUAUCUGACGUCAAGCAAGAGCAACAGCAGCAGCCAAAUUCAAACGGUGGUUCCAAAAAAUCAGCUCGUAUGCUUGCAAUGGCAAAGAGAAAACAGAGAAUGCAAACUAAAAAUAUAUCAACCAAACCAGUCAAUUUGACAGAAAGUUCAGUUUCAAAAAAUCUGUUGAAAUCAAAAAAUGGAAAUAAUAAUAAUAACAAUGUGAAAAACGAAUCUUCAACACUUGUAAACCCAAAAAUGGAAAUCACUGAGCAAUCAGAUUCAAACAAAAUAAUGCUAGAAGCUGUCGUAGAACCGAUCCUAGAAAAACACGAACGUGUCGCAGGCUUGGUUUGGCAAUUUCAAGGUAUCUAUGAGUUAUUAUUGAAAAAUUUGGCUCAUGAUAAUUGGGAAAUUAGACAUGGUGCAGCUCUAGGUUUACGUGAGUUAAUGAAAAAACAUGCUUCAAGUGUAAGCAGACUUAAAGGAAAAUCUAAAGCUGAAAACGAUAAUAGAAACUUCGCAAGCUUAGACGAUUUAGCAACUAGAUUAUUAACUAUAUUCGCAUUGGAUAGAUUUGGUGAUUAUAUACAUGAUACAGUUGUAGCUCCGGUAAGAGAAUCCGCAGCUCAAACGUUAGCUACGCUAUUAAUACAUUUAAAUGAUGAACUUUCAAUGAAGAUUUUUAAUGCAUUACAACAACUUGUAUUUCAGGAUUUUAUAAACACACAGACACAAAACUUUAAACCAGAAGAUGAUGAAUUUCAACAACCUCAACCAAAUAUACAACUUAAGGUAUGGGAGGCUACACAUGGUGGUUUAUUAGGAAUACUUUAUUUUGCAAGUAUCAAGCAAGAUUUUUUGAAAAAUAAUUCGCUUAUGGACAGUGUCGUUAGCAUUGUGUUAUACGGUUUGAAUCAAGCUGAUGACGAUGUCCAAAGCGUUUCUGCAUCCAUCUUAUCCCCAAUUACAGAUGAUUUUGUCAAAUUGGAGACGUCAAAAAUAGAUUUGUUAAUCACAACAAUAUGGAAUUCAUUGACUCAUUUAGAUGAUGAUUUAUCCUCUAGUGUAGGAUCCAUCAUGGAUUUAUUAGCAAAGUUAUGUAAAUAUGAAGAAACUUUAAAUUGUGUCAAAGCAAAAGCUAAUCAAUACCCAGCAGAAUGGUCAUUCAAAUAUUUGGUUCCUAAACUAUUUCCAUUCUUACGUCAUUCUAUUUCAUCUGUAAGACAAUCCGUGUUGAAUUUAUUAUUAGCAUUUUUAUCAAUUAAUGAUGAUAGUACAAAAGGCUGGAUAAAUGGUAAAAUAUUCAGAUUGAUCUUUCAAAACAUCAUAUUAGAACAAAAUCCAAAGAUCUUACAAUCCUCAUUCGAUGUAUACACGAAACUAUUAAAUGUAUAUAAAUCGAUGGAAGCCGAAAAAACAUUGGACCAUUUAUUAAGUAAGCAUUUACAACCAAUGUUACAUUUAUUAAAUACGCCAAUUGGUGAAAACGAUAAAAAUUACAGUAUGGAAUCUCAAUUCAUCCUAAAACCAUCCCAACAUUACAAACUACAUCCAGACAAAAAAAGAUCCUUAUCAGAGGCUACUAUUGAAUCAGAUAUUCCUGCCCCGAAGAAUAGUGAACAUGUUAAUAUUGAUGCCCCAAUGAUUGCAGGUGAUGUCAUGUUGCUUGGUAAAGAAAUUAUAAUUAAUACUAGAGUUAUGGGUGCGAAAGCAUUUGGUCUAACAUUAGCUAUGCUUCAGGAGUCGACCUUGCAGUCAUUUGUUUCAAAUGUUUUAGUUAGAUGUCUGGAUUUGCCGUUUGCAACGCCAAGAAUGUUGGCAGGUAUAAUAUUAACAGAUAUUUGUUCCAAUUGGUCACUAUGUAAUGUAAACAAUCCUACAAUACCAUCAUUUAUCUUCGAUGUAUUUGGUUCUGUAUUAAAUGAACAACUGACGAAUAGAGAUAAACUUCCUCCAUUUAGAGAACUGGUACCAAGUCUAAAGGCAUUAAGAACUCAGUGUCAGACCCUUUUUUCGACAUUUGUUGAUGUAGGAUUAUUACCGAAACAUAAAUUACCAAGCAUUGCUAUCAUAGUUCAAGGUGAAACAGAAGCUGGACCAGAAGCCUUUGGGAUUGAAACUGCAGAAAAGGUUCAUAAUGAAUAUUAUGAAAAGAUGUUCAGGUCAUUAGGUAAUUCUUACAAAUUGCUUGCCAAGAAACCUCUUGAAGAUGCAAGAUAUCGUAUUCUACUAGCCAUUGAAGCAGCAAAGGAAGCUAAAUUGGCCCGCGAGUGCAGCAUUCUAUCAAAUUAUGCUUCUGUAAUAAUACAAUUUGAUGGUCUUCCAGAAAAGUUGAAUCCAAUUAUUAGGUCCUUAAUGGAUAGUAUCAAGGAAGAAAAAAAUCUAAAACUGCAAGAAAUUUCAGGUAAUUCGGUCAUUCACUUAAUCAAUAAAUUAUUAUCCAAUAAUAAAGCUGGUGUAGCAAAUAAAGUAGUAAAGAAUCUAUGUGGAUUCCUCUGUGUUGAUACCCAAGAAGUACCUGAAUUUUCAAGCAAUGAAAUAUAUAAAGAAAAUAUUUUAACAUUAGUGAAAGAAACUGCUGGUUUAGGUCUCGUGGAUGAUGCAAGAUUAAAGCGUAUUACUGACGAAGCACAUAUCAAACGUAGGGGUGGUUUAUAUGUAAUUGGUGAAAUAUUCUCCAAAUUUGGUGAUAACGCAUUUGAUAUUGAACAGUUAAAGACAAUUAUUUUAGAACCAAUUAAAGAAACCAUUAAAUCAAGUGACGAAGAUAUUAAUUCAAAGAGAGGACAAUCUUUGGUUGAUGCAAUGGGUAUUUUACGUGCAAUCUACAUGUUUAUGUCACCAUUUAUUCAAGAAAAUCAAGUUCUCCCUUGUUUUCCAAAUUUACUGACGCUGUUAAGGUCUAAAUAUUCAGUUUUAAGGUAUUCUGCUGCAAGAACAUUUGGAGAUUUAGCAAUGAUUAGUCAUGUCGCAGUGAUGACAUUUGUUAUUGAAAAUGUUUUGCCUUUGAUGAAUAAUGCAGGUUCUGUGACUGACAGACAGGGUGCAACAGAAUUGAUAUAUCAUUUAUCAGUUUCCAUGGGCACUGAUAUCCUCCCAUAUGUGAUCUUUUUAAUUGUUCCAUUAUUAGGUAGAAUGAGUGACACGGACCCAGAUGUUAGAGGUUUAGCUACGAGUACUUUCGCUUCAAUUAUUAAAUUAGUUCCAUUAGAAGAAGGUAUAGCAGACCCAGAAGGAUUGCCAGAAUCUCUAAUGGUUGGUCGUGAAAGGGAACGUGAUUUUAUCCAGCAGAUGAUGGAUCCAUCUAAAGCUAAGCCAUUCAAACUUCCGGUGGCAAUUAAAGCUACCUUGAGAAAAUAUCAACAAGAGGGUGUGAAUUGGUUAGCAUUUUUGAAUAAAUAUCAUUUACACGGUAUUCUUUGUGAUGAUAUGGGUUUGGGUAAAACUUUACAAACAAUUUGUAUCAUUGCAAGUGAUCAAUACCUCAGACAGGAAGACUUCAAGGAAACGAAGUCUGUAGAAACUAGACCUUUGCCUUCUUUGAUUAUAUGUCCACCUUCAUUAACAGGGCAUUGGGAAAAUGAAUUUGAAGUCUACUCUCCGUUUUUGAAUGUGGUAGUGUACGCUGGUGGUCCUAGUACAAGACAAUCUUUAAAGGAAAGGCUUGCUGAUGCAGAUAUUAUUGUAACUUCGUAUGAUGUUGCUAGAAAUGACCUUUCUGUUAUUACUAAAUACGAUUAUAAUUACUGUGUUCUAGAUGAAGGUCACAUCAUUAAGAAUUCUCAAUCUAAACUGGCAAAAGCUGUUAAAAGCAUAGCGGCAAAUCAUAGGUUAAUUUUAACUGGUACACCUAUUCAAAAUAACGUCGUUGAGCUGUGGUCAUUGUUUGAUUUUUUGAUGCCAGGAUUUUUAGGUACUGAAAAAAUGUUUCAAGAAAGGUUUGCAAAACCUAUUGCAGCAUCCAGGAAUAGUAAAAGUUCGUCUAAAGAGCAGGAACAAGGUACUUUAGCUUUAGAAGCUUUACAUAAGCAAGUAUUGCCAUUUAUGUUAAGAAGACUGAAGGAGGAUGUUUUAUCCGAUCUUCCACCAAAAAUCAUUCAAGAUUAUUAUUGUGAGUUAAGUGAUUUGCAGAAACAAUUAUACAAAGAUUUUGCAAAUAAGCAGAAGAAUGUAGUCGAAAAAGAUAUUCAAAAUACAGCAGAUGUGGAAAAUAAGCAGCACAUCUUCCAAGCCUUACAAUAUAUGAGAAAAUUAUGUAAUCAUCCAUCAUUAAUUUUAUCUGAAAACCAUCCACAAUUAAAACAGGUUGAUGAAUAUUUGAAGCAAACUGGAUUAGGUUUACAUGAUAUAGUAAACGCUCCAAAAUUAGGUGCGUUGCGUAACUUACUCUUUGAGUGUGGUAUAGGUGAAGACGAUAUGGAUAAGAAGUCGACUGAUCAAUUAGUUCCAAGCAAUACUGUUAUUUCACAACAUCGUGCUUUGAUUUUCUGUCAAUUAAAAGAUAUGUUAGAUCUUGUGGAGAAUGAUUUGUUCAAGAAAUACAUGCCGUCUGUUACUUACAUGAGGCUUGAUGGUAGUGUUGAUCCACGCGAUAGACAAAAGGUUGUCAGAAAAUUCAAUGAGGACCCAUCCAUUGACUGUUUACUAUUAACAACAAAAGUCGGUGGUUUAGGUUUGAACUUGACGGGUGCAGAUACAGUUAUUUUUAUUGAACAUGACUGGAAUCCAAUGAAUGAUCUGCAAGCGAUGGAUCGUGCCCAUAGAUUGGGUCAAAAGAAGGUUGUUAAUGUUUACAGAAUCAUUACUAAAGGAACAUUAGAAGAAAAGAUUAUGGGUUUACAAAAAUUUAAAAUGAAUAUAGCAUCAACUGUUGUUAACCAGCAAAACAAUGGAUUAGCAUCAAUGGACACUCAUCAAUUAUUAGAUUUGUUUGAUACCAAUAACGUUCCAAACCAAGAUAAAGAGGAAACGCCUGUAGAAUCCAAAGCCAUGGAUGACAUUGCUAACGAGACCGGAUUAAGUGGUAAAGCAAAGGAAGCAUUGGGUGGAUUAAAAGAACUAUGGGAUUCAUCUCAAUAUGAAGAUGAAUAUAAUUUGGAUAACUUUAUAAAGGCACUGCGUUAA